AAACAUUGACACCUGCAGCUGCAAUGGCCUCAUCAGAGUCAACAGUAUUGGCUUCCGAGAUAUGCAACGAGAUAAGCUCCGUCUUCUCCAAAUCCACUUCAAAACCGGCGGCGCUCGAUGUGAUGGUGGAAGAAAUAGCUGCCGCAGCCAGCAGAAAGAGCCGCAUCUUCGUAUACGGCGUGGGGCGUGAAGGCCUGAUGCUGAAGGCUCUGUGCAUGCGCCUCUUCCACUUAGGACUCUCCGCCCACUGCGUCUUCGACAUGACCACUCCUCCCGCCGCCGCCUCCGACCUCUUGAUCGCUUCCGCCGGCCCAGGCGGGUUCUCCACCGUCGAUGCCAUCUGCGGCGUUGCUAGAUCCAGCGGCGCCCGCGUUCUGCUCCUCACGGCUCAGCCCCACUCGGGAUCUUCAUUGGAAUUCGCCAGCGCCGUUGCUUAUAUUCCGGCUCAAACUAUGGCCGAUGAUCAAAGAGAGGAAAGCAGGGCGUUGUUGCCCAUGGGAAGCUUGUACGAAGCGGCGAUGUUUGUACUGUUUGAGAUGGUGGUUUAUAAAUUGGGUCAGGUUUUGGGGCAGAGCCCUGAAGCCGUCCGCGCACGCCAUACCAACCUAGAAUAGAAUAACCAAUUCCCCACCACACCUACCAAGCGGGUGGAAAUAGGUUAGACCUCUUGCAGGGCUCUCUGUCUUAGCCUAAUUAAGAUAUAGUUAAGUCUAGCUUGUUUAGUUCUAAGUUUAUAACUUAGAAUAAGCCCAUUAGCUAUUUCCUUUUAUUAUUCAUUCUCCAAAGUUCCAUGUUUAUUAUCAUCUAAUAUUUGUUUGGAGUAAUGUUAUAUACAUUUCCUUUACUUUUCCUA